GUCCCGUCCGCUAGGGAAUAGGAGCAACGUUUCCUGGGCACGGAACGAUACGUUUGUUGGGUGUUUCGUUUUCUUCGCUUCAGAAUUCCCCUAUUUCUCCCACUGUCUACUAUUUAAUUUCCCAUAUAUGUUGAUUCCGGCGGCAUUUGCUUUCGAAUCUAUUCACCCACCCACAAUAUGAUACUUUUUCUGCUGUUUGCGCGAUUUUCUUCGUUGUGGUUGGUGCUGUUUGGCACACCGACCGCAGCCCUCUCGCUAGAUGUCCAUGAUAGCGGUGAGUGGCCUCGCACUUAGUAUAUCCCCACUGCAGAAUUAUCCUGCUCAUGCAGAAGAGUUAGCAUCCCUGAAAGAUGCAGCGAGUACCGCAGCCCGCGGGAUGCUGAAAUAUUAUCAUGGCAAUGAACCCGGCAAAACCCCGGGCACACUGGAAGGAACGUGGUGGGAAGCGGGGGCUAUGUUUAUGACACUGGUGCAAUACUGGCGUGUUAGCGGUGAUUCUUCUCACAAUGAUCUUACAACACAAGGCCUUCAAUGGCAGUCUGGAGAUGACCAUGACUAUCUUCCUGCCAAUAGCUCUGCUUACCUGGGUAACGACGACCAGAUGUUCUGGGGCCUCGCGGCAAUGACCUGUGCGGAGACGAAAUAUCCUGAUGUCUCUGAUGGGCCAUCGUGGCUGUCCCUUGUGCAAGGUGUCUUCAACAACCAAAUCCCGCGUUGGGAGAUGCAAACCUGCCAUGGUGGUCUGCGAUGGCAGAUACACUCAUGGCUGCCCGGGUAUGACCUCAAGAACACAAUUUCAAAUGGCGGAUUAUUCCAGAUAGCUGCCCGCUUGGCUCGGUACACAGGGGACCAGAAGUAUGCAGACUGGGCGACGAAGAUCUGGGACUGGAUGGCUAGUAGUCCACUGCUAGACACGAAGACAUGGAAUGUGGCCGAUACAACAUCUGUGACUAAUGAUUGUAAGACCAACGGCAACGAGCAGUGGACAUACAACUACGGGACGUUGCUUAGCGGGGCGGCGUACAUGUACAACCUGACCAACGGAGACCCGAAAUGGCUCGACGCCGUCGAUGGAUUACUCAACGCCUCCCUUCGAAUUUUCUUUCCCCCGAUGUACAACAACGGCACGGUCCUGUCCGAGGUAUCAUGCGAGACAAUCGAGACCUGUGACAGGAACCAGAUGUGUUUCAAAGGGUUCCUGUCCAUCUGGAUGGCCUACACAGCCACCCUAGUUCCCUCCACUGCGGAGCGGAUUAUCCCCCGGCUGCAAGGGUCAGCGGAAGCCGCAGCGAGGCAGUGUUCCGGAGGCCAGAGUGGGACCGAAUGUGGGGUCCGAUGGUACGAGGACAAGUGGGAUGGGAAGAACGGUUUGGAGACUCAGAUGAGCUCCCUGAGCAUUUUUACGGCAAACCUUAUGCUUCAGUCGAAUGAGCAGCCUGUAACUUCCUCAACUGGAGGAGAGAGUAAAAGUGACCCCAAUGCAGGAACUGGAGGCAAGUCAAAGAAUCCAGAGUCACCACGCAAGAUUACAACCGGUGAUCGAGCGGGCGCUUGGAUUAUAACUUUAGUGGUGGGGAUUGCAUGCAUUGCUAUCAUAGUGUGGUUGGUUUGGGAGUAGUGACCAUCCUCACUGGAGCUAUGUAUAUGUACACUCGUUCUUGCUCCGACGAUAUACUAGGCCCUGCUAUACGUGUAGCAUAAGCCACGAAGCUAGCCAAGC